AUUUGUUUAAGCUUCCCCUAGAGUCGCACUUAGUUUGUGAAUCCUCAGCGCGAGCGCGGCUUUCAAAGAGGCAGGGCACCUGAGCUGAAGCGUUUCUUCUUGAGCCGGAACAACUGUAACCUCUACAACAGAAUAAGCAUUGUCACUUUCACUAUGGCCCAUUUUCAUGAUGAUGAAAUAAGAGCUCUUCAGAAAGAAAUCAAAGUGCUGCAUGAACAAUAUGAUACUGAAGUACUUUCAGAGCAAUACAUCUUCCAGGGGCUCCAUUCCUUUGGAAGAAUACCACAAGAAAGUGCAUUGUAUAAUGACAGCAAAGAAAGUCUUAAACAAAAGAUGGAUUGCUUGGAAGUUUGUCUGUCUUAUAAUUCCAAACUAAAUGGUGUAAUUUUUAAUGACUGCCAAAGCAUGACAAUUGAAAGAAGUACUGUCAGGACCAUACAGAGACAUAGGAUUUCAGGAGUUUGUCACUCCAUGCCUUUUUGGGUGGAAUUUUGCCUUUUACAAGGAAAGAUUGAAUCUGGUGUCAAGCCAACUGUUACAGCUCUGAAUAUCUUAAUGGAUCCUGCUGAGUUUCCAGAAAUGUGUGCCUUUAUAUCAAAAGCUGAGGCUACUGCAAGUCUUUUUCAUUUCUUUAGAGCUCUUAGUGAAUAUGGUGAAUGGUAUGCACAUCGAAAGAGAACAUUUAAACAUUUCAAGGAAAAAUACCCAGAUGUAAUCCAGCUUCCAGAGGGCUGCAGCGGUGGGCACAUGGCAUGCCAACAUCCCACCAUCCCAGGAUUUGAGAUGAAGUUUGUGUGGAAAAUCAAUGUCACGGAUAACGGAGUUGUCACUCCAAAACUGAGUCUUCUCCUCAAGAUGUCAGAACAAGCUUUGAAGCACAGUAGGAUGAAUGUGGCACAACAAGCACCAUCUUGUUUUCAGAGCCUGCUACGACUUGUAGGGACCGAAGCAGCCAUUGAAAUCCUCAUCAAACAUAUGUGCAUGGAUAAAUAAAUGAGCAGCCAACACACUGCUC